AAAAUCAGAGUGGGCAGCCUAUGUCUGGUCUGGUCGCAGCCAAUGAGCAGGUGGUGUUUGGGUGCGAUGAAUAGAGAGUGAAGAGAGGGUUAUUCUCCCUCCUACACCAUGUGAUGACGGCCAGAGUGACUAUAACACUGGAGCGAUGGUUUUUAGUCACUUUCAACAGCAACAAAACGGCAACAGCCUCACUGACGUAAAGCAACCACAAAAAGAACCGGAGCAGCACCGCGCUCAGAACAACGGGAAUUGGACUUGGUCACCCAAUAUUGGGACCAAACACACAGAAUGGAAAUAGACAGCAUACUGGAUGGAGUGAGGAUGUCGACGGAAUAUGUCGCCUUGAGUCUUUGACUGUAAUUUCUAGCAGUCGGCGACAGCAUCUUUCUGAUUCUGAAUUGCAAUGCAUUCGGUAAGGAGAGUUAUGACAGGAGUUGCUGCAGGGUGCCGCAUUGCCUGACCGCUUGAAGGUAGCAUAGUGUAAUGAUUUUAUGGUAAUUGUAAUGUUAGAUUAUUUUGGGUGGGGAUGGAUGAUAACGGUUGUCUCACAAUUGUGUGUUUAGGCUUCCAACAUAGCCAGGUUAGAGAUGCAAUCGGUGACUGAACAUAGGCUAUUCAUAGACCUAAUUGGGAAGUCAGCAACAGCCAGUAUUGCGACUGAUUUCAGAGCUAUAAAUGUCAACAUAUGAGAAGAAAGUUGGAAACAGAAGUCAAAUGUUAGAUAGGUACAGGUGGAAACAUAAUGGCGCUGUCCAAAAAGUGAAUGCAGCCAAUGUUGCACCUUCUAUCACAGGCCUACUCAGGAGGACCCAGGACGAUAUCUGAAGUCAGGCUUUGAUUUUAGGGAACUGAUUGAGAGGGUCCAAUAGGCAUAUACGUGACGCAUUCAUUGUUGGAGGAUUUGGCUCCAUCGACGGUAAUAUUUUACCAACCAUUCAAUAUUGGCCGUGGAAGCAAGGACGAUGGCUCACUUGCAAGCGGGCUUGUCUCCAGAAACCCUGGAGAAAGCCAAGGUGGAGUUAAAGGAGAACCCCGACACUCUACAUCAGGACAUUCAGGAGGUGAGGGACAUGAUCAUCACCCGCCCAGACAUUGGCUUUCUUAGGACAGAAGAUGCUUUCAUCCUGCGCUUUCUCCGAGCGCGGAAAUUUAAUCAUUUCGAGUCGUUUCGUCUCUUGGCCCAGUAUUUCGAAUAUCGUCAGCAAAAUCUGGAUAUGUUUAAAAAUCUCAAAGCAACCGACCCGGGAAUCAAGCAAGCUCUCAAAGACGGAUUUCCGGGGGUGCUGACCAACUUGGACAGAUAUGGCAGAAAAAUACUGAUUCUCUUUGCUGCUAACUGGGACCAGAGCAGGUAUACAUUUGUGGAUAUACUGCGAUCUAUUCUGUUGUCGCUGGAGUCCAUGAUAGAAGAUCCAGAGUUACAGGUGAAUGGAUUUGUCCUGAUCAUCGACUGGAGCAACUUCACAUUCAAACAAGCCUCCAAACUAACACCGAGUAUGCUGAGACUGGCCAUAGAAGGUCUACAGGACAGCUUUCCUGCCAGGUUUGGAGGAAUCCAUUUUGUGAACCAGCCGUGGUACAUCCACGCCCUGUACACUGUCAUACGACCCUUUCUGAAGGACAAGACAAGAAAAAGGAUCUUCAUGCAUGGGAACAACCUGAACAGCCUUCACCAGCUCAUGCACCCUGAGAUCCUGCCCUCUGAGCUGGGUGGGAUGAUGCCCCCCUACGACAUGGGCACCUGGGCACGCACCCUCCUGGACCACGCCUAUGAUGAGGAGACUGAGUACUGCCCCGAGUCCUACUCCCUGUCUGUCAAAGACCUGGAGAAAGACCUGUCUCCCAAAACCAUGAAGAGGUCUCAGUCGGUGGUGGAGCCCGGAGUUCUUAAACGGACAGAAAAGGUGAAGAGUGAGGAGGAGAACAUGCAGCCACUGCUCUCGCUGGACUAAUGUAGAGUCUGACACAACACAAACAGCCUAGAAAACAUUGACCCUCAGACAGACAGACAGAGACAGACACAGACAGACACAGACAGACACAGACAGACACAGACAGAAUGACGGGAAAGAAUGCCCUUGUUCCCCCGAAACAAAAGAAAUAACACCGGUAUUAAAAGGAGGUGAGGAGCAGGGAAGAGAUUGGAGAACGAGAAGAGCCUGUUCUGGCAUCAUAAAGAUGGCCCGACCCACCAUUUUGAGGGAUAUUUCUAAAAAAAUACAUUUAAAAAAAGGAAGAAGAGUUACUAGCAGAGUUCCAUAUGUUAUUGUUAAGUGCCAAUUCAAAACUGUACAUACACUUCUGAUCUAAACCCCAGGAGGAUGGGGAACUCAUUGUGACAGAAACACAUCUAGAGACUGCUGUUAAUAUUCUGUAUGUGCUUGUGAAAUAUUUUGUGAAAAAAUGGUACCUUAGGAGGUUGAUGGAAAAUCAUGCUUAAAGAGGAUUGGGAGCUGGGGACUUUCGGUACAGUUUCUAAAAUGUCCAAACCGGCAAGUGCAGCUCAGGAUUAGUUCUAAUAAUGAUGAGGUUCUCUUUAAAUGUGAAGCAGAAAGUGUCUGACUGCUUGCACAGUAAGGCAUGUGGCUCUUUCAUUUGAGGAAUUCAAACAGACGUUCAGGUUUCUCUAUCUAAAAGCAAACUCCCCUUUACUGUUCAAGGCUCAAUGAAUUAGACCACAUUUUUUGUUUGGUCUGAAUCUUGCUAUUGGAAUAAUUUCAUCCAGAAUGGCUUCUUAUCUAUGGUUAUCUAUGGUUAAAUUUGGCUAAACAGUGUCUUCAAACCAUUACAUUUUUCAACAUUUAUGAAACAUGUGUCAAGGUUAGGUAUUUCAUAUUGCAUUUGAGACAAGAUACACAGUAAGAAGUGCGUACAGUACCAUGAAACAAUUCUGCAACAGCAAGGUCACAUGACAAUUGUUUUAUAUUUUGAGAUGAUUUAGUAUUAGCUAUUGGUUCAGCUCAGAAGUGUUAACAAUGUUUUCUCUGUGUCAUGUGAUUCCAGAAAUGAGUUCUUGUUUAAGAUGUAUUAACUACACUUGCUUUGAGGAUUAUCUUGAAACUAUUUGUUUCAAUAGGAGUAAAGCUGUCCACAACAGCAUGGCUACACCUACUUGAAAACCAAUUUAGAUACAGUAUUUAAAAUAUAUAGACAUUAUUUUCUUAUAUCUUAUUUUAUGAUGGUGGAAGUUAAGAUAUAAUGUAGACUUAUAUACCGUGUGAUAACAAGCUUUUGUAAUGGCUGCAAGGGUACAGUCAGUGUAUGCCACUGUGUGAUCAUCCGUUGCGAGCUCCUUUGUUUCUCCCUGCAUGGUGGUGAAGCUUGAGGCCAUGUUCAGCUCUGGAGCCCCUGAGCCCUGACACAGUGCUGCCUUCCUGUUAUGACACUAACAUGGGGUGAGUUUGUAAAUUCACUCUGGAGUGGCUGCCUGCUGCCCAGAACUAGGCCAGGCAGACAGACAUUCUUAAUACCCAGUGAACACAGUACCGUAAACCGUACAGGAAAUGUCAGCUCCAGCUCAAUGACUGAGUGACUCGGGCUUUCAACUGCUGCAGACCCAGGGACCUUUUUGGUUGCUUUGGUGAAGAAAGGGUGCCAUAAGAGCUUGUCAGUGUUACCCACUCUGUCUGUAGUAACCGUAUGUGUGAGAUGUUACAAUAACUUGAUAGCUGAACAAUGUAAUUUUUUUAAUCUAAAGCCUCAUUAUCAGAUGGUGCUGUCUGUGUGCAUCACCCUGGUAUAUUUUUGUGUGAUGUUCAUCAGUAUUUUAAGGCAUUCAUGGUGCUUGUUUGUCCUGUGCACUAUUCAGAUCAUGCAACAAGAGCAGCAACGUUUUUGAGAAUUGAAUAUGCUUGUUUAGCAUUUGGAAUGUUCUUCCAACUGUUUUCAUGUAUCCAGCCUUGCCAUUUCAACCAAAGCCACCCAUUGACAAAACAAAGAUUUUAUUGUAUUAUGCUUUACUUAACAAUAAUCCAUGGCUUGAAGGUAAAGCAACGACUUAUUACGACAAUGUAUUAUUUUUCAUGAAAUGAAUGCAUAUUAUUGCUUUGAGUUAAGUCUUUGGUGUCAUGUUUUCAUGUCACUUUGAUUGUAUAUACAUGUAGGAACAGAUGGCAGAGAAACUCAAUUUAGAGGUCUAGUCAAAUCUCAGAUUAUUCAAAGAGGACGUGUUGGGCAGAGUGUUUUAAUGUUUAAAUGUCCUUAAAGAGAACUUGCUGAUUUAAAUUAUGUAACUGAAUCAAACAUGUCCUGAGCAAAAAACAACCAAUAAAUAUGGACACACUUGGAUUGGUAUCGCUCUGCUCUCUUAUUUAAUGUUCUGCACUCCUGUAUGCUGCAGAGUAUGUUUACAUCGAAUGAAUAUCCUAAAAUGGAAGCCACACUCCUGAGUGCACACCAAUUUCACCUAUAGGCAGUAAGGCAUGCGAGUGAACUAAACAGUGUUACGACCAAGGUAAUAAUGAAGGUAUUUACAGGCACUUUUGUUAAUAAGGGGACCUCUGCUGUUGAAGUAUGAUUUGCAGACCACUGAAUAGAAUACAAUAAGAUUACAGCGGGUAAUUGAGAGACCCUCAAAGCUUUCAGUAAGCAGGUCGCAUUCAAACGAGAGCGCCUAAACACGUGUAUUGGCAAAGGGACCAAUGAAUACAUUAAAACCUCUGAAAGAUAUCAAAAGCUGUCUGCUCAGGGUAAUUGGUUGGGUGGAAAAUUACUUCGGAAUGAAUACCUCUAGGUCGCGUUUCAGAAAAAUGCAAGCAUCUGGUGUGCGUGUAGAGAGCUAAUAUGAGGAAUUGUCGCAGCAGGAUGAUUUUUCCGUCCCUGCCUAUACUGAGUGUCUACCAGCCACACUGGGUUUACCCCCCACUGAAUACACACAGCAGCAAACCCACCAGCUUUCUGAAUUAUUCAUUGAAAAAGCCAGCGUUGUUCCCUCCCACAUGACCAUCACAGUGCUGUCUGUUUGGCUAGUUGGCUCACCCAGUCAGAGCCCAUACUGACUGAGACAACAGAUGUGGUUUGAUUUAUAAUUUAGCAUGGGAUCCUCCACUUUCAGAGAUUGGUCAGAAUGAUGGAUGGACUUGACUGUGUAUGAGUCUUCUGCUCAUCCCUAAUUGAGUUCAAUGUGAUAGCGUAGCUAAAGCUAUGUUUUUCCUGUGGGGGAGGCGUUUCACUGUCUGUUGAGAGAGUGAGGGGCCAGGGCUAUUACAGGAGUCGUCAUCACACUGCACAGUGGAACCAGCAGCUUCCAUAUUGCCUUGCUUUGCCCUGGUCCACUCCCAUACAGCCUCUUAUGGAGAUGGAGCUCUGAUCCUGGCCUGAGGUGGAUUCUGGGAGCUGCCUGCGUGUUUAGGAUGUUGAUGCUGGAGGGAGUUGUGUUGUGGAGGGUGCUGUGGCCAGAAAGGCAGAGAUGAAUCACACCUCUUUACCUCAUGACUCUUACCAUCACACACAUGCUGCUCUGGGUACGUGGGAAGGAGCAACAUUCUCUCUAAUGUCUCUGUCUGCACAGUGGUUAUAUCAGAAAUUCAAACAACCCCCACAGCGUCAUUCAUUUCAAUCUGUUUUCAACAUAAACUCCACGGUAGCUUCAAACCAAAGACAAGUGGCAGCAUUACUGAGCAUGUGGCACAUUGUACUAAUUUAGUGCUCUGGCUGACCUAGAUCUCCUGGCUCAUCAGUUGAUGAUGUGGCCUAGCUAGCUAGCUUGUGCUUCUCUCUAUCUAUCUCUCACUGCUACUGUAGCUCAGGCUGCAUGGGGCCCCACACCUCUGCUCAGAUUAUUGCGGCUGUAGAGCCAUGGAGAAUUAAGCCUUUAAAUAGUGUACUACUUUAAGAUGACAGAUUAGAAAAUAUGGGUUCAAGUAGCACCAUUUUAUUGUGAAUUAACCCAAUGUAAUUCCCAAUGUGGAAUUCACUGGAUUCUAUUUUUGUUCCCUGCCCUGUUCGGAGCAGAUUUGAUUCAAUUCCUUUUAUGAAUGGCUCAGGCGUGGGCUGGGCUGUCUGACUCUUGUUGGGCCAGAUUGUGAGGAGUCUUGAGAGAAAAUGGUAAGCACAAACCCACAAAUCAAAUUAUACAGUACCACUAAAGUACUUUGGCAUACAGUAGCAGAUACUCAUACUGUAUCUGUGGAACUGAUUCAAUUUGAUCUGCACUGCAUGCUAUUUAGGCAAUUACACCUCAAGUACAGAUGGCAUAUCUUAAUUAGAUCAUCCUGUUGUUGCAGGAAUUUUCCUGCACGGCAGGGAUGCCAACUUGUACUGUAUUCAAGGUUUAACAUUUUUUCUAAAGUUAGUACAUUUCAGACUUGAUUUUCCCUAAUGAAAAAUGUAGAAACCACUACAAAAAAUGGCUAUUAAUUAUAAUCCACAUAACAAUUCACAUUUCCUGUUGCUGCAGGAGUAUUUUCCUGCUGUGAGAAACUGGGUCAAAUUAAGAUACGGCAUUUGGACUCUAUUAUUGCCUUGUUUUUAUUUCCUCUCAGGCCUGGGAAUGGACUAUGUAUCCUGGGAGUCGUAAAGGCUGCUUGUGUGGUAAAGUUUCAGAUAAACAACACAUCUGCAAUUGAGGGAAGCACUCGAUAGCAGAACAUAAGGUUGCCUUGCUCGUAUCUGUGGUAACAAAAGCAAUGAAAACGUCAAGUAUGAUUAUCCCUCUGUUGCAGAAACAGUAUUACCGCUGCUGUUUUAGCCCCUCCAAUAUUAGUCCCUGUCUAUAAGGACUGCUAUUACACAGGGGAAAAUGGACAUAAGAGGAUUUGACGUGAUGAACAGUCUUUAUACCCACUGUUGGGCCUCAGAAUUUGAUAACAUUGGGUCGUAUGAUGUACCCAGUGACUAAUGAAAACUUGCUAUGUCCUUAUUCAGAUUUUACAGACGUGUUUAAUACACCUUGUCUAUACACUUUUGUAAUAUUUAUGAAAUGCAUAUUGUUAUAUUUGGUAGCACUUAUUUAUUUUUCCUUUGCCUCAAGCACCCUUCGAUGUGUAGAACGGAUGUGGAUGGGGCCAGGUCCACAUAAUGGUGCAACUUUCAAAAAAUCCCAAAAGCUCUGACGAAGGCCGUGUGGCCGACAUGUAAGCUUAUUAAAGAUCGGUGAUAC